AUGAGUCUAGCUUUCUUCUCAAAAUCCUCAAGCAAAGCCAAGGUCGAUGAUUCCAGCAAACCACGCCAGCACCGGCACACAAAGUCGCGUUCGUCGUCGACGUCCAUGAUGUACGAUCCCUCGGAACCCGUCAGGAUUCUGAAUGCUUUGUCUCCCAACCUCCCGUCUACCACGCAAUCGAUUUUACCCUAUCAUCCUUCUCGCAGUCAAUCCAUACGCCAUACAGUGUCGAUAUCCAGGCUCGACCCUCAUUAUGCAAGGUCACGUACUCCGAGAGUAUCAGCGCCCAGUGCCUAUCAUCCACGACCACAGUCUCCUGUUGAGAUGAUACCCGAACGUAUGUCCCAAUCACCCGUUAAUUCCGAAGUGUAUGGAAUUGUUUUACAACCGAGCAUUACACGCCUGAUGCCUCUGUCGCGUCCCUCUUCCGUUAAUGUUGACCAGAUCAUGGCGAAAAGUUACCUACUCCACGCGACACCAUUUCCCCAUCCUCCUUCCGUUAGAACACACCGCUCGCAAUCCUCCGAUCCCUCUUAUGAGAGCAGCGAUAACCGACAACCGUCGCAAGAAAGCAGUAUACCAAUGCUUGGGCAAACUACCAAAAUCCCAAAGCUGCUCUCUAGUCACCAACCGCUCAGUCCACCACCUAGAACUCUCUCCGUCCCAACGAUCCCAGAAGACCCUCGACCAGCCUCGACCUCCCCAAUUUUACUAAGCCAAAGAGUAUCCUCUUUCGGGGACAUUCCAUAUAUGUCACUGAAAGGCAAAGAGCGGGCCAGGGCGCCCGUGCCCAUGGUUUUCGAACAGCCGCAUUACGCUCUCCGUCGAACCAGCAUGUUCGAGCGCACACCAGACUUUUAUUUCAACGGCAAAACUUUACCUGAGGUUGACCUCCUCUCUCCUAUCACGCUUUCGACCCCCUUUCCGUCGCCCAUGUUCGAAUCGUUUUCAAUUGAUCCCGAUGAUGAUGACGAUGAUGAUGCGGCAUCCAACUCUUCUUCGCCUGUCUUUGAAUCGUUUCCAAUUGGUGAUGAUGACGAGUCGUCUUCCGAUGAUGAUGGACCGAUCGUGUUCCGGAGCCCUACGGCGGUUUCGGAUUUGGAUUUGAGUUAUCAUUUCGAUGGUUUAGAAACCGGCGAGGAGACGACGUGCCAGGAGCUCCGCGUAAAGGUGACUAAAGCCGAAGUGAUAGUGGAAGAGGACGAAGAAAAUGAAGAAGCUAGUGAGGCAGUCAGCAGCAGCAGCCGAGAUCGUACAUCGGAGGAUGAAGUCAGGCCCUCGCGUCAAGAAACCAAAUCACCUUCACCUCGUCAUGAACACAGGAGGUCGCAUUCCCCACGGACCAAGGAGGAUAGGAAGCCUCUUUGGAAGGAGGUGUCAUCGCCGGUGGAGAGACCAUUCCUCGACUUCACCGUGUCGGUCCAAGAGAGUUUCCUCGCGCCUCCUAUCAUUGAUGAUUGUGGCGUUGUCAGAAAAGAGCGCAACCAAGGUUGGAGUGGGGAGUGGAACCAGCCACAUAUUCGCGAUGUCAUUGAGAAGCUCAGAGAGUUGAGGUGA